AAUUUCUUUCAAAAGCAUUGACUCACCAAGUCUUCAUACAUUCACUGAUUGUAGAAAUGGCCUUUUUAAGCAGUGUGUUCAAAGUUACAAAGAAGAAAAUAAACUGUAGAGAGAGAGAGAGAGAGGUGGUGGUGGAGAAAAGGUUGAGAGAGAGAGAGAGAGAGAGAGGUGGUGGUGGAGAAAAGGUUGCUGCUUUUCUUUGUUGAUAUUUGAUUUUGUAGGGGAGGAUUUUCUAAUGCCAUUUUGGAGUUCCAUCAUAUGCUUCUUCUUUUCUUUUUGAUUUCUUGGAGGAUUCAUAUAUGCUCGGCAGAGGUCAUGGAUAGAGAAUAACCCCACAGCCAAAUGGAAUACUCGAAUGGUUUAGAUGGAUAGAAAUGGAUUUUGUAAAAGAUGAGCAGAAGCGAUGCGGAGAUUGAAUUGAUGAGAUUUGUAUUGUAUCCAGUAGAGGAUUCCCCUUGAAAACUUCAUGCAAUGGCAUUGGUGGAACUCAUACCAAUCGGGACCUUUUUGGCUUUGCUCACAGAUCAGGUGAUCAAAACGGUUCAAGCGGCUAGAGAUCUCAUACAGGAGGAGAGCUUCAAGACCCUGUCAGAAUACCUUUCCAACAUCAUACCCGUCUUAGAGGAAUUGCAGCGCCGCCAGCUGAAAGACUCGAAUGCUGCAAGGCAGGCAUUAGAGUAUCUUGAGGAAGAUGUUAAGAAGGCCAAUCAUUUAGUUGAGAAGUGCAAAAAUUGUUCCCGUUUCUACUUAUUACUUAAGUGUCGGCAUAUAGUCAAAGAGGUGCAAGAUGUUACAAGAGAUAUCGGAAGGUCUCUAGCUGCUUUAUCCCUCGCAAGCACCGAAAUCCUUUCUGAUAUAUCAGAUAAAGUGAACAUAUUACACAAUGAAAUGCAAAAGGCUGAGUUCCAAGCUUCCCAGUCGCAGGUUCGGAUCGUAGAGAGGUUGGCUAAGGGUCUUCAAGAGCAAAAGAGUGAUCAGAACUUUGCUAAUGACAUGUUAGAAGCAAUUGCCGAAGCUGUAGGUGUGCCUGUCGAGCCAACUGAAAUAAACAAAGAGCUUGAGAGCUUUAGAAGGGAAAAAGAAGAAGCUGCCGAACGCAAAGAACAGGCCGAAGUGCUCUUUCUAGAACAGGUUAUUAAGCUGCUGUCUCGAGCGGAUGCUGCUAAUGACCAAGAAGAAGUUAAGGAGCAGUAUUAUCGCCGGGUUCAGACAAUAGAGAAAUAUAAACAGGAUGAGUACAUCCCGCCACUCAAGUCGUUCAUGUGUCCUAUAGAGCAAACUGCCGUGAUGGUCGACCCAGUCAGUCUUUGCACAGGUACUACAUGCGAGAGAGCAGCUAUUGAAUCUUGGAUCAUCAGUGGACAGAGAAGAGACCCCGAGACAGGCCAGUACCUUGAGGAUCUGACACUAAGGCCCAAUGUUUGCUUGAGGCAGUCAAUCGAAGAGUGGCGGGAACUCAACUACUGCCUUAAAAUUAGAUCCGCCAAGGGCAAGUUGCUGUCAGAAUCCAACCUGGAUAACAAAGAGGCUCUGAUGCAGUUGCAGGAGCUUAUCAGAGAGAACAAGAUCAACAAGGAUUGGAUUGGCAUCGAAGGAAUCAUCUUCAAGAUCGUGUCACUUCUUGGGAGCUCACACGACAAAGAUGUGAAAAGAAUGGUUUUGAUUACAUUAAAGGCUAUUGUUGAUAGGCACGUUAGGAACAAGGAUAGAUUGGUUGAGUCUGGAGGAGUCGAUCGCAUAGUUCACUGCCUAGGACGUGAUCCAAGUAUAUCGAAGCCUGCAGUUGACUUGCUCUUUGACCUUUUGCAAGAUGGUUCUGGAUGGAAUGCAGCCAUAUUGAAGAGGGUGACUCAGCAAACUAGUUCUAUUCUUUUCCUUGUCAUGCUUCUGAAUGGUCCAGUAACAGAAUCAGCGGAGAAAGCAGAAACUAUCUUAUUGAAGCUUUGUGAUGAUGAUGACAAUAAUAUUUCUCGUGCGGCUAAUGCCAAUUGGUAUAAGCCGCUUAUCAAUCGCCUUUGUCAAGGGGUGGAAUUGUCAAGGAUAUCAAUGGCGGAAGUCCUUGUGAAAAUGGAGUUGGUUGACCAGAAUAUAAAGCUCCUUGGUGAGGAAGGAGCAAUACGUCCAUUGGUAGAAAUGGUGUCAGGGAGUCUCGAAUCUAAGAAGUCGGCAUUCGCUGCUUUGUCAAAGUUGUCAAAUUGCCGUGAAAAUAAGAAUCUAAUAGCAUCGGCAGGUGGGGUUCCUCUCAUUCUAGAACAGAUGUUCUCUUCCCAUGUGCCCGUGCCCGUGCCCGCGAUCAUUAGAGCAAGCUGCUCUGAAAUCCUAGAAAAACUUUCAGAUGAUGGUAUUGAAUUUCUUGUUGAUGCAAACGGUGCCCUUCUCGAGCUAGAGCGGAUCAUCACCGACUUGCUAGCCAUUCAACAGAACAAAGCCUUGUCUCCUAGCAUUCGGAAGCCCUCCUUACGUGCAUUACUUGGCAUUUAUAAGUCUGAGGAUGGGCUUCGGGAGAAGGCUGUUGCGGCUGCCAAUGGUGUUUCUGUCAUCCUUACCCUCCUAGAGGAUGCUGACCCAGAAAUUCGGAAACUCGCCAUGAAUCUGCUCUUCCGUUUGGCCCAAUACGAACCACAAGGAAUUGCAGACUUCCUUCUUGUGCAGCAGAGGCUCGAAGCUUUCAUGGAUUUUCUCAAGGAUGAAAGCCCAGGCAACAUACAGACGGCAGCUGCAGGUCUAUUAGCUUAUCUUCCGAAAUCUGAAGUUGAACUAACCAGGAACUUGAUUGCAUUAGGAGUGCUGCCAGUGAUUUUGAACAUCAUGAAAUCUGGAACGACAGAAGCAAAGGAAAACGCACUUGGUGCGCUAUUCAGGUUCACGGAUCCAGCUAAUGUUGAGAUGCAACGGAUGGUGGUUGAACAGGGGGCUUACCCAUUGCUUGUCAGCUUUCUCAGGUCAGGGACUGUAACUGCAAAGGCAAGAGCAGCGGCCUUGAUAGGCAACUUGUCUUUGAGCAGUCCUAAGCUUACAGCCAUGCCCAAAACAGCCAGCUUCUGGUGUUUUAGGCCGUCCCACGUGCCUGUUUGUGAGGCCCAUGGAGGUGUAUGCAGUGUGCAGAUUAGUUUUUGUCUGUUAGAGGCGAAUGCUUUGCCAGAGCUGGUGAGACUCUUGCAAGAGCGUGUUCAUGUGACUGCUCUUGAAGCACUUACAGCAUUGGCAACGUUGGUUCAAGAAGAUUUGCCUAACAGAGGGUCGAAUGUGCUGCACAAUGCAAAAGCCAUUGGCCCGAUUUUGGAGGUUUUGAAUUGGGGGAUGCCCGCUUUGAAAGAAGAGGUUCUGUCCCUCCUGGAGAAGGUGUUUGUGGCCAGGGAAGUGGGAGAUUUCUAUUGCUUGAUGGCUAGGAUUCCUCUUGUCGCACUGACCACCCAGAGCCAUGAGGAUGGACAGCUAGGAAGGAAGGCCGCUAGAGUCUUGGCGCUGCUGGAGCAAUAUUCGAGAUCAAUGCCUCUUGUUUAAGUGGUUACUAAAGUUAUUGGAUAAUUCUUGCAAAUUGAAUUGACUUCCGAUGAUAGCUCAAAUUUGAAAUCAAUCGGCAUUUCAGCAAUCCUCCCUAUUGAUCCAAGAAUAGAGGAAUCUCUCUCUCUUUUUUUUUCUUUUUUUUUUUUUUUACACAUGCACACACACUCACGCCGUAGUGGAAUUUCACCACCUAUGGGUACUCGAACCCUCAACCAGGUGUUGAAACUCCUGAGAGUCUACCACUGGAGAAUAGAGGAAUCUGUAAUUGGUACGAAAUUACUUUUGUUCCUGUAGAAUGUAUGGUCAUUGACUGACAAGUGUCGCUGUUACAUAUUCAAAUGAGUUGCUUUCUUUCAUUGUUCAGGGUAUGGUAAUCCCAUUGGUUGUAAUAUAAUUUGGAUUUAUUUGUUUUGAUCAUAGCUGAAAAUAUAGUAUUUUGGGUAUU